AUGAGUGCUACUCCUAGGGAUCCACAUACUGGAAGAUUUACUUCUGGUAAUGGACGUGCUCGUAUGGUCAAAUUAAAUUUGCUGCGGAACGGUCAGAUUACAAUUAAAUCCACCUCCACGCCCACUACGCCUGCUACUCCAACCAAGAAACUCAACAGCAAGAUUCUAAAACCAUCGCCAGGUUCCGGUCGUCUGGGAUCAACUACACCAACUCCUACACCACCCAAGAAAGCAGAGAGUGAUCCUUCGGGUUCUAAAUUGAAGAGAAAAUCUGCCCGGAUUGCCGAAAAGGAAGUCUCAUUGGAGAAUACCCCUCAACUUGGUCCAUCUCCAGAUAUUCACGAAGGAGGAGCCAGGGGUGUGAUACAUACCAAUGGACAAAAUGAUAAUGGUAGUGGUGGUGUUGUUUAUAGAAAUGGUGAGAAGGUGUUUAUAGAACCGAAAUUGGCAGAACCUACGCCGAUAUAUACUGGAUUAUCAUUGGAAUCAUUCCCUAGUGCCAAAGUGAAAAAGGAAUCGUUAUGGCCCGCUAAAUAUAGACGAUCGUCGAAUAGAAGUGGUAGUGGUAGUAAUUCGACAUCACGAGAAGGGUCAGCAGUUCCUGGUGCAGGUGGAAAUGUGGCAUCACCUACAGCUGCGGGUGGACAACCAACUGGUGUUGGUAUUAUUUCGUUAGAUGAAUUACAAGUAGAACCAGAAAUUGAAAAAAUAUACAAGAAAGAAUUGAAAACGAAGUUAGGUGAACGGCUAACGGAAGAUAGUGAGAUUAGGAACCCCGUGGCAAUAAAGUCUCGUCCAAUGAGAACGGCAAAAUUGAAACUUAUUGUCAAAACACCCAAACCAGAACAACAGCAAUCGCCAUCGCGAUCAAAGAAAAGAGGCAGUGCGAAAGAUGAUAAUAAUUCAAACGUAUCACCAAAACGAAUCAAGAUCAUAUCACCCAAAAAGCCAUCUGGUACCAACUUAAAUGCCCCUGGUGCAGCAACAACAACGACGAUAAAUAAAGUGGAAUUGGCGACAUCCACAAGCCAAGAAAAUAAUGAUCCUACUAAAGACAAUGAUGAUUUUUGCUUUGCAUGUGGUGGACCAGGGGUAUUUAUAUGUUGUGAAACAUGUCCCAAAUCGUUCCAUUUCACUUGUUGUGACCCCCCAAUUGAGGAAGCACCUGAAGAUGAUUGGUUUUGUCGUGAAUGUACUGCGAAACGAAUUCCCGGCCUUGUUAAGAAUUGGAAUGAGAUUGGGAUUUUUGGGGAAUUGUUGAAUCAGAAUGAAACAAGAGAUCUGAAGGUGUUUCAACUUCCUAGACAUUUAAGAGAUGAGACGUUUAUUGGGGUGACAACGGGAGAUAAUGGUGAUUAUUCGGAUGAUACUAUGAAACCGGAUAUACCGGUUGGUAAAAGCUCAGGCACCCAGAUUCCGGGACAUAAUAGAAAUAAUGAUUUAGAAAUUGAAAGUUUGUAUGAUAAAUAUGGGAAUCCUUAUUUAUGUCACAAAUGUGGAGAAUCUGGAUUAAAUAAUAGGACGUUAAUUCAAUGUGAUUAUUGUCCACUUGUUUGGCAUAUUGAUUGUUUAGAAGAACCAAUGUUUGGCCCGAAAACUAUUGGAAAUAAAUGGCGUUGUCCAAAUCAUAUUGAACAAUUAUUCCCGCCUGGCUUCGCCAAAAUGCGACAAUUUAGAGAUACGAAAGUUGUUGAUAACACACUACAUAGUAAUUUCCUUAAGAUUGCCGCCAUGAGUAAUAUUGUCAUUAAAUUUGAUGAUCAACCAUAUUUAAAACCAGAAUCAACACCAGAGUUAGAAGAAUAUUUAGAAUAUCAAUCAAAAGAUUUCAUGAAUUCAGAAAAGGCAUAUCAAAAUGCCAAGAUCUUGAAAAAUUGGGGGAGGAAUAUGGAGGCAAUCCAUCCAGAAUAUGAAGUUCCGGAUUAUUUCCAAACUGUAUCCACAAAAAAUGGUGUGGCGGCAAUUGCAUCUACACAACUUGCAAAAGUUAUUAGCAUGACUUGUCCGAGAUCGGAUGGGUCCAAAGAUUCAUUUAUUUAUCGAAUUCCUGAAAGACUGAUCAUAUUGGAUUUUGUUUCCAAGACAAAGGCAGAGUCAGAACGGAAGAAAAAUAGGGUUAUGGAAGACAUUUCUCAUUAUGAAGAACAAGGAAAGGUCGAAAGAGAACGGGAUGAAUCUGAUGCGGUGGAAGGACUUAAAUUGAUGAAGGAGAAUAGUAAUAAGAAACUUAAUUUUAAUGAAUUGUUAGAAGCUGUUUCUCUAGCUGUGAGUGAGAAACCGUCUACUGACGACUUGAAAGAUGAAGAGAUCAAAGAAUUACUUCAAAUUAAGAAGCUUAUGGAAGCAAAGGGGAAAGCAAAAUUAUUAGAAUUCUUACAUUCGUAA